AUGUCCUCCAAACCAAAAAUACUCCUUCUCGGGCAGAUUGACCAUGCUCAAGAAACAUGGCAAUCCCUCAGCUCUCUUGCCGACCUGAUAGUUCCGACCGCCUCCAAUCGCGACGACUUCAUCAAAGAUUGCCGAUCUGGUAAGCUCGACGGAGUGGUCGCCGCCUAUCGUACUUUCCAGUCAACAAGCAUAACUGGUCUUUUUGACGCCGAGCUCUGCAAUGCUCUUCCAAAAUCAUGGAGAUACCUCGCUCACUGUGGGGCUGGGUACGACCAGAUCGACCCCGAAGCCUGUUCUGCAAGGGAUCCCCCCCUUCUGAUUUCCAAUGUUCCAACGGCAGUUGAUGAUGCCACAGCAGACACGGCGAUCUUUCUCAUGUUGGGAGCUCUGCGAAACUUCAAUACCAGCAUGGCUGCAUUGCGAAGAGGUCAUUGGCGUGGUACUCCACCCCCGUCUUUAGGCCAUGAUCCCCAGGAUAAAGUACUUGGAAUCCUAGGCAUGGGCGGUAUCGGGCGAAACAUGAAGAAAAAGGCCGAGGCGUUUGGCAUGACGGUCAUCUAUCAUAAUCGACGACAACUUGAUCCUUCAUUAGCCGGUGGCGCGGAGUAUGCUUCCUUCGAAGAACUCCUGAAGCGAAGUGACGUACUGAGUCUGAAUCUCCCACUGAACCCGAAAACUCGCCACACCAUUUCCACCGAGCAAUUCAAAUUGAUGAAACCGAGCGCGAUAAUCGUGAACACCGCACGCGGAGCGGUGAUUGACGAAGCCGCGCUAGUGGACGCCCUAGAUAAAGGGCUCAUCGCGGGCGCCGGCCUGGACGUGUAUGAAGAGGAACCCCGAAUUCACCCGGGCCUGGUGGGAAACGAAAAGGUCAUGCUAUUGCCGCAUAUGGGCACGUGGACGAGCGAGACGUUGAAAAAGAUGGAGGAGUGGGCGAUUGCGAACGUGAGACUCGCGCUGGAGAGGGGCGAGUUGAUGAGUCCUAUCUUUGAGCAGAAGGAUAUGCGGAGGUAG